AUGAUAAACCAAGAAGAUGGCAACCCUUCGUGGCAAGCAUUUUUAAUAGAUCUUGACCUUGCAGUUAGAGACAAACGAGAAGGGCCAUCGGGAGCACGGGGCAAGACAGGCACAAGAGCAUUCAUGGCAAUUGGCGUACUGCAUGACAAUGAGAAACACUCUUUCAUGCAUGAUUUAGAGUCUUUCUUCUGGGUACUCUUCUGGAUAUGCAUCCAUUACAACGGACCAGACGAGAAGUUGGUUGUUCCGCAAUUUGAUAAGUGGAACUAUGUGCAUAUGGAAGAGCUGGCAAAGUUGAAGUUAGGCACUGUGGCAGACGAAGAGAUAUUCCGUCAGACGGCAACAGAUUACUUCACGCCAUAUCAUGAACGGCUGAUCCCCUGGGUCAACAGAUUACGGAGGGCCGUUUUUCCAGGCGGUAGAAAGUGGAAGGAAGAAGAUAGGGACCUCUAUGCUCGGAUGAUGGAGAUUCUUCAGGAAGCGCAGAAGGAUCCAAAUGUGGCAGAUUAG